CACGCCUUGAGCUCCCUUCUGCCCCGUUUCUGCAUCACCUUCCUGUGGAGCCACCCGGAUGAAUUUCGGCCUGCCAAGUUUUUCCUGGGGGCGGCCGUGGGGAUCUCAUUCGCUCUGGGUCUCUCUCGGCUCCUAAUUUUCCCCAUGAGCCUCAGUGAGGAUCAGAAAAUCAAGCUCACGAGUGGCCUGGCAGGGGUCGCAGCCCUGGGCUGGGGCGUCUCCCCCCACUUCCGCUGUGCCAGCCUCUUGGUGGUCCCCAAAUUUCUGGGGAAGGAAGGCCGGAUUUAUGUCCUCACGUACCUCCUGACGUCCAUCUACGACGGCCCCGUGGCCAACAUCCGCCACAACCUGGGCGAAGUGGUCCGCUCCGUCAGCUGCACGGUGGAGCUGCAGAUCGAAAACGCCAAGCGCUCCUGGAAAAUCUCCACGGCCCCUCUGCGCAAGAUCCUCAAGGACAUGGUGGUGAGGAUAGGGGGAGAGAAGGAGCCGUUUCCAAUUAUGAAGCCUUUAAGGCACAUCAUCAACCAAGCCGUUCAGCGUUGCCAGACCUGGUUUGAGACCAAGUACCGGUCCUGCCUGCGCACCAUCGCGGUGCCCUUGAUCAGCCACCUCCUCUGCAUUCCCAUGAAAUUCAGCUUCCUCUGCCAUUUGGCCAAAAUCAUGCACACCUGGUGUCGCGACAAGAUUCCCGUGGAAGGAAACUUCGGGCAAACCUACGACCGGGUCAACGGCUCCGUGGACAGCUUAAAUAAGGAUUUCACGGCCAACUUAGUGAUCAAGGCGGGUUCUUGUCUUCGAACGGCCCACGGAAGAGCGGUGAAAUCCAUCAGCGCUCGCCCCCCCAUUCCCUUCUCUUCCCAGGAAGAACAUCAGUCGAUGCUGGUUGGGGCCGACAUCUCGUCCUACAACCUCCAGAUUGACGAUGAGAUCGCCGAAAAGAGUCGCCACCUCAGCACCGCCGUGUCCUUCCUGCGCGUCUUGCUCUCCUGCACCUUCGUUUUCGUCUUUGCCUCGGCUUACUCGUACACAAACAAAUACAAUCAAGACAUCCGCUUUGACAAUCUGUACAUAUCGCACUAUUUUCGGCAGAUAGAUGCCCGGCGGCGGAAGCAGAAUCAGCGCACGCUUCUGCCCUUGAGGCGUGCCGAGCAAAGCCGAGCCGUUGACCCUCUGUACUUCUCUUUCCAGCCGCCCGAGACCAAGACGAUGAUGCGGGAGAUCCUGGGCUGCGUGCCAGCCCUCGUGUUUCUGCUGAUCGCCGCGUCCCUCGAUUUUCUGCUUUUCACAGUAUUCAGCACCAUCCGGCACCACUCCUUUGUGGAAUAUUCCUUCCGUAGCAGCCACCACUUGGAGGUCAAGGUCGGUGGGGACACCAUGAUGGCGCGCCUCCUCCGGAGCACCAUCGGAGCCCUCAACACCUCCUCGGAGAUGGUGAUGGAGGCCACGAACUUGGAAUGCUUGCCCGACGCUAGAGGGAUGAAUAAGGUCCAGUACCUGAACUGUGCCAUUCCACUGGGGGCGCUGGUGCUGCUCUGCUUCCUGCAGGUCUACGUCUUCCGCCUCCGCCGCGUCAUUGCCGCCUUCUACUUCCCGAAGAGGGAGAAGAAACGGACCCUGUUUCUCUACAACGAGAUGCUUCGGCAGCGCCUGGCCUUCAUCGCCGUGCAGAGGAAACGCAUCAUCCUGCGAGCCCGCCGGCGCAAAAGGCUGGAGAAGCCCCUGGUGGACCACAUCGGGCGCUGGUUCCCCUUCGUCCGGCGCUUUCUCCGCCGGCGUUGCAUCCUCUGCAACCUGCCCGAAUCCAGACGCUCCCGGCCGUGCCCGAACUCGGACUGCGGGACCCUCUACUGCAAACUUUGCUGGCAGGACAUGGGGCGCGUCUGCUUUGCCUGCAGCCCCAACGAGCUGGUUUCCAGCGACGACAGCAGCGAUGGGGAGACGGGCUACGCGGACUGAGGGGGUGCGCGGUGCCAGGCGGGCCCCCUCCCCUCCCACCCCUUCCCCCAAUAAACAGUGCAUUGAUCUGGUAGUCUUGGAUUGUGUUUUUCCUGGGCCCGCCCAAGGCAUUUUGCUGCCUGAGGCAAGGGGGUCGACCCCCUCCUGAAAAUGUAGGGAGCGC